AUGAAGCCGAUUGUGUACAAUGGUAAUAAGAUUCGCUGGAAGUUUGGAAAUAUCAACGAAUUGACAGAAUUUCCACUUCAAAGUGAUUCAUUCAAAAUCGGUCCAGCUGAGUGGUAAUUUUUGAUUUUUUUUAUUGUUGAGAGAAAAAACCAUUUUCAGGAUGAUCGAAAUUGUUACCGAAAUCGAAGAAGAGAUAAAAUAUCUGGAAAUAGUGCUAACAUGUGUUUCUGCUGAAAAUCAACAUAAAAAUUGGAUGUGUGCAGCUGCGGGAAAAAUGAAGUUACUGGAUCUUUGGGGCGAAAACGAGAAUCGUAUUUACUAUUUUGAGCACUGUUUUCGAGAAGAUGCACCGUCUAGCUUCGAAAGCUGCGAGCUUUUAGAAUGGUCCCAACUUUUAUCAGAGGAUUGUGAAUUUUUGAAGCAAAACGAGAUUAUUGCCGAAAUCGAAUUCAAUUUUCGCCACUAUGAUUAUUCGAAAAAAAUCGAUAAUUUCACCGAUAUCAUUGUCAAUGUUGGAGAAACGGAUUUUCAUUUGAAUAAGGGGGUACGUGGCAAAAAAUAACGGCUUGGGAUUCAAGCUCCACCGAAAUAAACACGCAACGCAGAUCGCGCCGCGCCACAACACACACAAAUAGGGGAACGAUUCAAAUUGCCUCCCUUUUUUGUGUGUGUUGUGGCGCGGCGCGGUCUGCGUUGCGUGUUUAUUUCGGUGGAGCGCGUGGUUUCGGAGCCGCGUUGCAAACCGCACGCGCCCAAAGACAUUGAGACUUCUUUUCAGGCUCUGUCCUUGCAUUCGGAGUAUUUCUACGAUUUAUUUGUGAACAAAAAAUGUUUGGACGAAAAUAUCAGAUUGGAUAACUUGUCUCCUGGAGAGUUUUGUAUACUUCUCGCAACUUUCGAUAAUAAAUUCAAUUUUUAUCUUGGUAUGUUUGAAGUUCUAGAGAAUUCAAAUAACAAUUCUAUGAUUACAGAAGAUGAUCAGAUGAAUCUUAUCAAUGUUGCAAAAUUCUACGGAGUCCCAACGCUUCAUUAUUUUUGUGAAGCGUAUUUGAUGGAAGGAAGUGAGAUGGAUGUUUUGGCGAAAAUCAAAUAUGCUGAGGAAAAUGGUUAUGAUGAUUUGAUGGUAUGUUUGGCGAUUUUUUUUGAUAAAAAGUAAAUUCAAUCAAUAUUUCAGGAUUCAACGAUUUAUGGAUUGUUAAGUGGUGUGCAAAUCAAACAACUACAAUCAGAUGUCAGAUUUUUGGGAUUGAAAGAUGAAACGAAGCUAAGAAUCAUGUUACGUUGCUUGGAUUUUGUCUAAUUUUAAUUUCUGUUGAAAAUUGUUUCUUUUGAAUUUUGUCUUUCUAUGAAUAAACUUUUUUGAAUUUCCGUUCCACGUGUUCAUUCAAUUAUUCAAAAAAACCACAGGAAUCUAGUGAUUUCAAGGAAACAUAAAAAAUUUCCCGAAAAAAAAAAUACGUGCGCGUCAAAUAAAAUGCCGAGUACGCAAAAGUGUUUGCACACAAUUCCGCUCAAAUUCAAAAAUGUUUUUUUUGUGUUUUUGUGUUUUUCAGGGUUUUUUGCUGAAAAAUCCAUGAAUUUUCAGAUUUCAAGGCUGGAAAUGGGAUUUCUGACAACUUGCUGGGAAGAUUAUCGAUUUUUGGGCGAUAUGAGGUGAGUUUCCGUGGAUUUUCAUUGAAAAAUUGAGGGAUAAAGUUGAAAAAUGCUGAAUUUGGCUUGAAAAUGGUGAAAGGGCGAUGUUUUCUGACCAAAAACAUGGGAUUUUUGUCAUGAAACUAUAAAUUAAACUGAAAAAUCAAUAAUUUUACAGAUAUCAUGGAAAUGCGAGGAAACGGACGAAAAUCAACGAUUUCACUUGGAAAUGGGGAUUGAUAUGAGCAAUGCCAGAUUUCAAGUUAGUUUAUUUUCACAUUUCGUGGGGCUGGGGUUUAAAAUUAUGAUAAAAAUUGGAUUUUCGAUGAAAAAUUGAUAAUUUCUGUGAAAAAAACGUGAAAAUUUAGAUAUUAAAACGUGAACUGCCACGUGGCAGUUUAGAUUUCUCAUUUCAAGAUUUUACUUUGAAAUUUAAAGAAAAAUUUGAAAUUUUCAAGCUUUAGAGCUGAUUUUCAGCGUAGGAAUGCUGAAAAUCAACAAAUUUUGAAGAAAAAUGGUUGGGAUGGUGGGGAAACGUGAAAAAAAAUGGGAUUUUUCUGACGAAAAUAGUCCUAAGUGAUAUAUCAAUCGAAAGUGUGACUGAAUAUUACAAAUCAAUCGAAUUAAAGCUCAAAUCUCUGAAAGUGUGCAUGUUUUUUUGUUUUAAUAUUUGUUUUCUUGUUUUUUAUUAUAUUUUUUUCUGUUUUUUUUAUAAAAUUUGACUGAAAAAUAACACUUUUUAAAGGAAAAAAAGCAAAAAUUUGCUGUUUUUCAUGAAAAUCUCAAAUUGGUGAGGUGAAUUUCCGUAAUUUUUUAUUGGCACCGUGCAUAUGCCUCACCCUGGGCGUGGUAUGGUUCUUUUAUAAAUUUCACCAACCAUUUCAUGUACUUUUCCUUUUAGUAGUAUAUAUAGUAAGGUUUUCUUAUAUUUUUUCUAUCCCCAAACCUAUUUCAACCCAGAACUUUCAUAAUUCAUGUAAAUAAUCAAAUCCUGAUAAAUUAUGGUAUUCUUUUUUGCGUAAAAUAAAGUAAUUUGAUUUUGAAUGACUUGUUCGUUAUAGUUUUCCUUGAAAUGGUUCGAUCGAGACCAAUAAAAUAUUUUCAGACAAUUUUUCAAAAUCCAGAAUUACAGAUAGAUUUUCUUGCAGAUAAUGAAUCCGGUUGUUUGUAAUGGUAACAAAUUGAGAUGGAAAUUUGAUAAUAUCAAAGAUUUGACCAAAGAUCCAGUUCGAAGCGAUAAAUUUACAAUUGGCCCUGUUGAUUGGUAAAUGAUGAUAAAACAUUUUCGUUCAUGUAUCAAAUAUCUUUUAUUUUCAGGAUCAUAAAAGUCUGUGUUUACACUCGCGAAAAUCAAGAUUAUUUCACUGUUUAUCUUGAAUAUGCCUCGAACAACAGCUUAAAUCAGAAUUGGAUUUGUGAAGCAAAAAGCACAUACAAGGUGCUCAGACAAGUUGGUGCUGGGAAACACUUAUCUUUUGAUAAUAAUGGUUUCUAUAAUAAAAAUAAUUUCUUUUUAUGGGGAGUAUGUUUGAUGAAGUUUGCGGAUUUUGUAUCGGAUGCCAAUGGAUAUGUCAUAGAUAAUUCAGUGAUUGUUGAGAUCGACUUGAGUUUUCGAUAUUAUGAUUUUUGGAAACAUAUCGAAAAUUUUACCGAUAUGAUUGUUAAUGUUCAAGAUACCGAAUUUCAUUUGAACAAAUGGGCAUUGGGCUCGAGAUCUGAGUAUUUUCAAAAUCUUAUUCUCAACACCAAGCCGAAUGAUAUUAAAAAUGUGAAACUGGAAGAUAUUACUACCAAAGAUUUCUGUUUGAUGUUGGCAUCGUUUUAUCCAUUCUUCGAUACUGAUUUAGGUUAGGUUAAAAAAAGGGGAGGGGAGAAGACGACAAAAUUUCAUUUGCUACUACUCUAGGGGUAUCUUCAACUUUGCGAUAACAUUUUUCAACUUGCAGAGAAACACUACAUCAGUCUCAUUGAAGUUGCUAGAAAAUACGGUGUUCCAUCACUCCACCACAAAAUUGAGCAAUAUUUGUUGAGUGAAACCAAGUUGAAGUUGAUUGAGAAAAUCAAAUAUGCAGAUGAAAAUGGUUAUGAAGAACUUAUGGUUAGUUGGAAAAUUUCAAAAACUAUUUUUAGAAAAAAUUUUGUUUUCAGAAAAAGUGCAUUGGUUCGUUGAAAACUGGAAUCGAGGUCAAGAAUUUGCAAACUAAUGAGAUGUUUUCAAAACUCAAGGAUACUACGAAGCUUGGAAUUAUGGCUCGAUUGUUGGAUUUUUUCUAA